AUGGACAGUACUUUGCCAGCGGUAGCAGAAGAGCUCUUGAAGGAGAUCAAAAAGGCUUUUCAGGAGACCUCCCAUGUCCCUGAUGACCUGCUGCUGGGGCUGAAGUUUGUGUUUGGCCCAUCUGCUGUCCCAGCUCUGGAUCUGGUGGAUCAGCGUUCUGUCACCCGGGUCACAGCCCCCAGUGGAAGGACUCUGUACCAGGUCCUGGGGAGCUCAGGCAAACUC